CGAUUCUCGUCAUUCAUUCGUGUAGUAGACUUGGUACCGUGUGGUUGCUUCCCGUCCGUGUGUUGCUCCGUAAUUUGUUUUUCGGGUCCGGUUUUCUCGCGGUCGGCUUACCUUUCUACCUUACCCUAAUUUACAUUCACAGACUUGCAUUGUGGCAAAUCGUCAUCGGAAAAUUCAAGUGCCCCCGCAGUGGUCCUAAUCCCGUCUUUCGUACGAACAACGGUGAGUGAUUGGUUCUCGUUCGGUUUUAUGAUUAUUUUUAUUAGAUUUCAUCCCGGUUGAGAUCGCAGCACAGUGUGUGGUGUGUUUACAGAAGAAGAAAAGUGUUGAAUCUUAGAUUCUGUUUUUGAUAGGAUUCGAACAAGGUGGUAUAGGAGAAGAACAAGAAGCGGAAAGAGUGUUGCAGGCAGGUCUGAGCAGCACAGACAGAAAGCACAGUGUGGAGUUUCGUUAGUAGGUGGUAAAAAGGAAGAAGAAAGCAGUGAAGAACAAAAACAUCACGUCAAAGACGGCCACGCCAAACGACGAAAGGUUUCCGUCCACCAAACCCAUCAGCCUAGUGGCCAAUUCGGACCCGAUCUGUGUCCCCUGGGGGCCAUUAUCAGUCGGUGUGCAAAAAUCUCCGCGCAACACGCAAAAAACUGCUCCAAAGUCGCAGUAGUCGUGGCCGCAAAUGCGUGCGCCGGGGAAUUGAAGCCGCAUCAAGAAACAACGAAAAAUGCAAUUUGUCGUUUGAUCGAUGUGUGACAGGAAUAAGCGAUGACCGAAAGGCGACACGUUUAUUAGCUUUUCGAGAGUGGCUCCGAACUCCGCAAAACCGAAACCACGAAACGAAAAAAAAAAAUGCCCGUUUCUGUGUGAACGUCGAAAAGUGAAAGACCGCGCGCGGCUCACGCUUUCACUGUCCAUUUUUGGUCGCAGUUGCGGUUGAUCGAGUGCGGGCUUACGACGACGACGAAGCGAUACUGUUCUGGGGGCCGACUUGGAUUGGUGCUUUGAUAUCUACCGUGUAGGUGACAGGUUUCGCUGUUUUCCGGUCGCACGUCGCAACUCGCAGUUGCGAUCCGGACCGAGCGUUGACGUAAUCAAAAAAAAAAUAAGAAGAAGAUCCUAUAUCGAUAUAGUGGUGGAAGAUAGUGUGUGCACAUCUGCACCGGGUGAAGGUAUUGUGGAAGUCUUGCUAAAGUCACCCGAGGAAGUGUGUUGAAUGUGAUUGCCGCAGGGAUUUUGAACACGCCGUACAAAUGGGUUUUUCGUCGGCGCUACAGGGGAGGGCAGCGCACGAAGCGCUGCUCAACCGCCAGGAAGCCGAGCUCAAGCUGCUCGACACGAUGAAACGCUGCAUGAUACAGAAGAGCAAGUGCGACAAAGAGUACGCCGCGUCGCUGGUUGCCGUGACCCAGCAGGGUCUCAAGAUCGACCGCAGCGAUGAUCUCCAGGGCAGCCACAUCACCCGAGCCUGGCGGACCUUCAUGGAAGAGCUGGAACACACCGCCAAACUGAUCAAAUCCAACGCCGAACAGUUGGAGUCGGUCUGCCUGGACAAGCUGGCCCACUUGUACCAGGACAAACGGCGCGUGCGCAAGCAGUACCAGGAAGAGCACACCAAGAUUGCCACCAAGUUCAGCCAUAUGACAGAAGACGUCGCCCGGAAGAAGAGCGAGUAUCAGAAGCACCUGGAGUACUACAAGAUGCUGCGAGGGCGAUUCGAAGAGAUCAUCAAAUCGGGUCGCUCCGGUCGCAAACUUGACGACGUCAUCGACAAGUAUCAGAAAGCCUGCCGGAAACUGCACCUAGCACACAACGAGUACGUCCUGCUGCUGAGCGAGGCGGCCGAAAUCGAAAAGGACAUCCGCACCAUCCUAAUGCCCGGAUUACUGGAGCACCAGCAGUCCCAACAGGAGGCAUUCAUUCUCACGUGGCGUAAUCUCCUGCAGGACAUGUCCAAACUGGGUGACCUCACAUCGGACAAGUACAGCGAAAUCCAGCAGCGGAUAGAAACGAACAUCAGCAGUAUCAGCCCGGCCGAGGAGUACCGGGAGUUCACCGAGAAGCACAAAACGACUCCGACGGCGCCGGUUGUGUUCCAGUUCGACGAAUCGCUCAUCGAGGACAGCCUAGGGAAGUUGCAGGCCAACACCCUGACGGUGGACAACCUGACGGUGGAUUGGCUCAAGUCGCGGCAAACGGAGCUCGAGAGCUCCAUCAAGGAUCUCCAGGAGGCGCAGGGAAAAUUGUGUCAGGAGCAGAACGGCGGAGCAGUUAAUGGCGGCACAAAACCUCCGACGCCGAUCCUGAACGGAUCGAACGGCACUAGCGUUAAGGAUAGUAGUAAUAAGAAUUCCAAGGAACUGAUAGCACUGAGAUGCCAAGAACGACAAAUGCAGAAGCAGGUGGAGAUGAUUCGGGCCGCGCUGAACGACGUGGGCUGUGAGGAGCUGCCGUCCGGGUGCGAUGAUCUUUCCACGAUGGAGCAUCUGAUCGAGAACAAAAAAUCCGUUAGCCAAGAUCUGUCGGAGGACUCUCAUAACACCUCUACGACGCCGUUCUUCUCGACGAAGGGCGGCGCAGCCAGCGGGGUAAUGUCCAUGCUCAGGGACCAAUUUCGGCGGAAAUCGGCCGGCCCUAUUGCCGGUGCCACCUCGUUGCUUACCGUGAAGGAUUCACCCGCGUCAACGCCCCGACCUGGCCAGAAGUUCAUGUCCACGCUGCUCCGAAAUGGCGGCGGUGGUAGCAGUGCAGCGGGUACAAAUGAGAACGUCGAUGGGUCAGCAACGGUAAAUGAGUGUGAGCACCCGUUGAGUGACGAGAAUGUGUACGUUGAGCCUGUUGAGUUGAUGAGAGUUGAUAAUGAUGAUGAUACUAACCGACCGGAUCCGGAGUAUCCGGAAAACCGUUUGUCCACUAACACCUAUGUUGAUAUGGAAGCUAACCUGCUGCAGGUCGAAACGGCCGAUACUAACGACGACCGCGUGGUGCUUAGGUAUGACGAGAGCUUUACUAACCAUCAUCGUCAGAGGAUGCUGAGCUCCGAGGAUGGGUUGGCAAACUACAAGCGACUGAAGGGAAGUGAAGAGAGUGAGGUUAUGUUGCUGAACUCAUUGAACUCUCCGGAGAAUCAGUCUACGUCGGACGAGCUGUACACGAAUGACAUGAACGAUUCAAAAAACAAUCUUCUUCAAGAGGACCCCUACGAGGUCCCCAAAGGGAUGCUCAAUUCUUCUAUCGACGCUCAUUUAGAUAGCAUAGAUGAACUCAAUUCCAAGCUUGAUCAGAAACUUUUCUCGAAAGCAACAGAACAACAUGACUAUUGCAACAUUCCGUCCAAUGCGGAAGAAUCCCAUCAGUUAACAGUUGCCAAAAUCGAGAAAGGUCCAGAGAAAGCUAGUUUCCGCGAUAAAAUUAGAAGGAAAAUCAAAAUUAAGAGUACAUCGACCGAGCAGGACCGAGACCAAAAGUUGGACGACCUGGACGAACCGAGCAAUAGCUUUGCUGACCGACUGCGCAGCAAGGUAUCCAAUUUGAAGAAGAACGAUAACGACCAAUUCAAGCUAAUGAAAAAUGAAACCGGAUCAGCGGAAACCCCUAAGGAAGGGGACGACCGGAAACCGAAGAGAAAGAAGAAGAAGCGCAACAAGAAUCGUAAUCAAACUUUCUCCGAGGACGAACUGCUUGGUGGUGAGGAAAUGGAUGAGUCAAAGCUAAAUGAAUCGGGUCGUCCAAAUCCGCCGGGAGAAGGUGAGGACAAAAUUACCUCUUUUUCUAGCUCGGUCAUGUCUACCUUUCGGGAGAUAAUGCACUCCACCAACAAGGUGAAAGAUUCCUCCCUGAACAUGGCCCUGCGCCAGCACCAUCAUCAAACCGGUUCCGCCGCCAGGGAAGACAAAAUGGAUCUAAUUAAUAACGGUAAGGACACCGCCGGUAAUCGACUGACGGCGAUAAAAUUCAUUUUCUCCGACAACCGUCAGCAGAGUGAUUCGACCGGUUCCACUCCGACCACCCCGGAGCACCUAAUCGUCAGCUCCCCGGACGAUGAAACGACCGAGUCGCAUUACUCCCUUCCCUCGAACAACGGCGGCUGCCACGUGGCAAGUGAAAGCACCGAAUCGCCUGGCACUACCAAUUGCAGCACCAAAGGCGCAAUUGAGCAUAGCUGUACUGGCAUCGGCGGCCCCGCCCCUUCUAAGCUUUCCUCCCUACUAAAACACAAUCUGAAAAACCGCUUUAAUAAACUGCACCAGAGAAUGCCCAAACUGCUGCUGCAUAGCAACAGUCCCAGCCCGCUAACCGUUGCUCCGGAUGAGGCUAAACUAUGCCGAGCAUGUAGUCGUCGCUUCCGGCAGCUACAUCCGAGCAAGACGGUGCUCGACUUUACCAAGGAGUAUCCCAACGGGGGGCGGUUCUGUCGAAGCCACGGCGGAGACUACGACGGGCCGGACGAAUCCGACGCGGAGGAUGGCGACGAUUGGGGCACUUCCGAGAUGCUAAAUCUCGAUUACGAGGAUAUUGACGUUAUUACCAUUAAGACUCAUAACUAUGCAACAACUAAUACCACUACUACUACUACUAGUGCUAGCACUGCUACUGAUUUGGUUGGUGUUGCCGUUACUGCUGCCGUUGCUUCUUCUACCGGGGAGGUUAUUGAAGAUAAUGGUCAUGAUGAUGAUGAUAAUGGCGAUGGUAUGACCCUGUCCAAUAACCGACCGCUAUACGAGGAAGAAUGGUUCCACGGAGUGCUGCCACGCGAAGAAGUGGUCCGAUUGCUGCGCAACGAGGGCGACUUCCUGGUGCGGGAAACGACCCGCAACGACGAGAGCCAAACCGUGCUCAGUGUCUGCUGGAACGGACACAAGCACUUCAUCGUGCAGACUACGGCCGAGGGCCACUACCGUUUUGAAGGUCCAGCGUUUCCCAGUAUACAGGAGUUGAUCCUGCACCAGUACCAGUCGGAGCUGCCGGUUACAGGACGUUCCGGAGCGGUCCUCCGCAAGCCAGUAUUAAGGGAACGAUGGGAGCUGAGCAAUGACGAUGUGAUACUGUUAGAUAAGAUCGGAAGGGGCAACUUCGGCGACGUGUACAAAGCGAAGCUCAAAUCCACCAAGAACACGCUGGUGGCGGUAAAAACCUGCCGGAUGACGCUGCCCGAGGAGCAGAAGCGGAAGUUCCUGCAGGAGGGCCGCAUCCUCAAGCAGUACGACCACCCGAACAUCGUCAAGUUGAUCGGGAUCUGCGUGCAGAAGCAACCGAUCAUGAUCGUGAUGGAGCUGGUGUCCGGCGGGUCGCUGCUGAUGUUCCUGCGGAAGAAUGCGGCGACCAUGACGCAGAAACAGCUGAUGGCUAUGUGCCGCGAUGCGGCGGCAGGAAUGCGCUACCUAGAAUCAAAGAACUGCAUUCACCGAGACCUAGCGGCCCGGAAUUGCUUGAUCGGUAACGAGAACAUCGUCAAAAUCUCCGACUUUGGAAUGUCCCGCGAGGAAGAGGAGUAUAUCGUAUCCGGCGGCAUGAAGCAGAUCCCCAUCAAGUGGACCGCCCCGGAAGCGCUCAACUUCGGCAAGUACACCUCCCUGUGCGACGUGUGGUCCUACGGCAUCCUGGUGUGGGAGAUCUUCAGCCGAGGAGACACGCCCUACUCGGGACUUAGCAAUUCGAGGGCUCGCGAGCGUAUCGACGAAGGCUACCGAAUGCCCGCCCCGGAGAAUACCCCGCCGGAGAUGUACCGCCUGAUGCUCAAGUGCUGGUCGUACGAACCGGAGAAUCGGCCCCACUUUGACGAGAUCUUCACCGUGGUGGACGCCCUGAUGUUGUGUGCCAAGGACUAGCAAAGGACCCCGCCCACUGCAGCAUCAGCAGUUACUAAGCGGUCCAAGCAGCGAUGUCUUUCUUGCAGCAGGGGCGCCAAACCUGCGCAGGUCGCGGACUCUUCUGCUAAGAGGCAUCCGCGCCGGAAGGUAUACUUUUGCUCAUCGGUGGCCAUGGCGGUGACGGCCAAGGCAUGAUGGUUCUCGUUGUUUUAAUUUAUUUCUGUAUAAUUCAUAGUUUAGAGAAGUUACUUUUUGAGUUGCUGCUUUUACUCGGGACAACGAACGAUUGCACAAGACAAGGAAUUAUACGGACGAGUCGAAAUGGGAGAGAUUUGUUUAGUAGCUAGGUAAAGAUUUACGUUAGGGUCAAGUUUAGGUGUCCUUUAUAGGGAGAUGGAAUGACUGCGAUGAAUGUGGCCAAAAAAAACUGAGAAAUCCCAAGACGGGACCGAGGAAGUGAUUGUUAGUUAGUAAUAGUGAAGGUCGACGGUUGAGUUGAAACUGAGAAGAAGGGAACAUGUUUUGUGAUGUGACAAGAUUUUAUCAAAAUUAGUUAAGACGUUAGCUUAUUAAGCAGUUUAUAUCUGAAUUUAUCUAAAAGUAUAUCGUAGAAGUAACUCAAAAAAUGAGCAUCACACACAUACAGACACUCAAACGCUUAUGCUAGGAAAUGAACGCGCAAGAAUGGCUUCGUUGUAAGUUUUCUUUUAAAUGCCAGGCUUAUUUGAAAUCUAGGGGAUUAUCAUAUUUGAAACAUUCAAAAACUCAAAAUCCCAACCAUCGGGGAAUUAACUCUCAUAAAAGCUUAAAAACAAAAGGUUUCUCCUAACCGUUCCACCGGCGAGAGAGCGGUUCCGUUUUUUCUUACGAAUGCAUUUCUGCCAUCUAUCUACUCAAAGUUCCAACUGUGGAAGCCGAAGCGCGCCUUCUGCCGGUGGAUUGAGGAACGCGUAUUCAACGGUUUUACAUGCAGAAAAAAAAUGUUUAAACGUAAUACUCUCUAUCUAUCCUUAUACAUCCGACACUUUUAGAACAGACAGCCGACUGCUACCGAAUGCAACCAAUUAGUAAGUUAUGGCAGUUUUGGAAUCGAAUCCAACGAGAAUCCUUCGGAAAAUCAAAAAGCAACUGUAAUAUUUACAUAUUAUAAUAUUAAAUAUUACGCUAAAAUAUUUUAUAAAGAAUA